UAUCAAUUCAAGCGAGAGUUUUAAGGGAAGUUCAGCCUGUGCUAUCGUGUACUCAAAGACCGAGUCAUUUUCACGCCAAUGGUUUGGACUAUUGAGGUGAAUGCCCUCGCUUGCACCGAACUGAGAUGGUGCAGACGCGCAUCUUAUAUUGUGCCAAACCCCCAAAAAAGAUGUUGUCGACGCUAGGAACUCAUUCUAUUGCAUCAACCAGCUCAGUCUUCCGCUAUUCGUCUAAGAGUGCAUCAAUACAUGCAUACUAGUUAUCGCAUGAUCGGAAACAAAGUAGCUAUCUCUUCACAGCAAGAAAAUCCAAUGGAACGGCCUGCCCACCAGUCACGAUUCUUCGUGUGACUUCGUGAACUAUCACCGAGGAAAGAGGCCAGAGCGGCCAUGCUCGACACUCCAACCUCGUCUUCGUACCUAGAUCAGCAUCUCUCCGUGGACGACUGGACGUUUACUGGAUGUAUUGAGAGAAAUACUAAAGUGUAACUAUAAAUACAUGUCGUUCCAGUGUUGAGGCCCCCUGGCUUGCUUACUAAACAAUUCACCUCCUAACUUUUGAUUCACACUGAACGAUCAAGAGGCAAGUCGGAUGCCAUCGGGUAACGACGAUGGGUGUUGGUAGAAUCUACUAUCGUACCACGAGGAAAUGUGCAUUACUCGCUAGAAAAUAUCGCAUGGUUGUCGGAUUUACACGCUAUGCUUUGCAUGAGUCCCAAGGAGGCUAACGCGACUACAGAGCUCACUCUGGCCGCGUAACCUCAAGCCUAGGACCCACCCCAGUGCUUGAUGUUGGAGAAUUCAGUGCCAUGAGCAUUAAAGUCUACUGGAAUAUAAUUCGCUGAGAAACAAAACCUCAAACAAGACGAUCCUGGUUUAACUGGGAAUGUCGAUGGCAUGAUAGGUUAGUGAACAGUGUAAUCGUGUCUGCGUGACGGGUGCCGUUAUCUCGGGUGAAUUCUUUAGGAUGCGUUACGAAUGCAAGCCACGUUUUGAUGUACACGUGCCCUGCAUACGCGUCCCUUCUUCGAUAUCGUUAUAUCUUUUCCGUCUCGUAUGAGUUCAGAGUCGAUCUUUGUUGGUUCACUGCGAUUGUCGUUCUGUUCUCUGAGCCUAAAACCCGUUGUCUCAAUUGAGUGUUGUCAUGCACUGAAGACAAAUUUUCCCCCUUCAUUUUUUCUUUCAUCCUUCACCCUCUGGCGCUGUAUAUUCUCCAUUCUCUUCUUCGUCAUUCAUUCACUUCUUCACGCGUAUCACCGUGGCUUCAACGGAUAUCGCGAGAAGUGACAUCUAAAUCGCCGAUUCACAAGAUAUCACCGCAUAUUUUCCUCCACGUCGACUUAGAAUUUUCCUACGCUGACAGAUCAGCAAAACUUUCUUCUCGCCGUCAAGUCAUCAAUCAACAACAAUGCAUCGUUAUAUCAACAUGCUUCUCUUCUUAGCUUUAAUGGCAGGUGUAACAAUCGUUGCAUACCCAUCUAAGUCCUUACUGCACAGUUCAGAAACCGUGCUCAAAGAUGACCAGAAUCUACCAGAGGAUAUCGCAUUCUUGCAAGGCUUGAUUCAAAUCGACAAGGGCAGAACAGGAGAUCCACCCGAGAAGUACUUCCAUGAAAGUUAUUUCAACUCUCACUACGACGGACGCUUCGCAAAAAGCGAACUACCCAGUCAAACACGCAUCCCCCACCUCCGCGCCCUCAUCCGCUCCUAUCUGACCACGAUGCACGAACUGGGCGCCGAAACAUGGAUCAUGCACGGGUCGCUGCUGGGCUGGUGGUGGAACCGGCGCAUCAUGCCAUGGGACGACGACCUCGACGUGCAAGUGAGCGAGGCAGCCAUCGAGUUCCUAGCUUCCUACCACAACAUGACCAUCCACUCAUUCGCUGCGGGCGACCUCACUAUCAACCCUGAUGAUGAAACGCUCAUGCAAGGCAGGAAACGGUACUUGCUCGAGGUCAACCCGCAUUAUGUGAACCCAAGCACCGACGACCGAGAGAACGUCAUUGAUGCGAGGUGGAUCGAUACAGAUACCGGUCUAUUCAUCGACAUCACUGCCGUGAGGGUGGAUAAAGCGACUGAGGCAGAGAAGGGCAAGAGUGGGGAGUUUCGAUUCAAGGGGGCGACGUAUAGACAUUCCGAUCCACCGCAGCGGCUUUAUUGCAAGGACGAACAUUCGUUUUUGAGCACGCAGAUUUUCCCACUCAGAUUGUCCGUGUUUGAGGGCGUGCCUGUGCAUGUCCCGUUCUCUUACCAGGAGUUGCUGGUUGAGGAGUAUGGGCAAGAGGCGCUUGUGCAGAAGGAAUUUUGGGAGGAGAGACAUUACUUUGAUCAGGCCAAGGGGGAGUGGAUACCCAUGUCGAAAGAGAUGCUGAAGAACAGGGAGAAGGAAGGUGAGUGGGGGCGGUUGGACAAGAGCAGCGGGUUGUCGGAGGAAUUGAAGGAGUGGAAGGCACAGAUAAAGGAUGAGGACUCUGGAAGUGAGGACUCCGGGGGGUUCAGACAGGUGGAGAUUGUUCUCCCUGCAUCGAAGUAG